GCUCUCAUUGAUAAAUACGUUCAAGAGAUUAAAAAUAAAUUAAAAGCAGCAGGAAUUACUGACAAAGAAAUAGAAAUUUUGGGGAAUAAAAAGUUGAAAAAUGCUAAAAGUGAAGAAGAAUUGGAAGAGGCUUUGAAAAAAACUCGUGACAUCGCCAAUAAUAGUUCAGACGAGGAAUUAAAAAAACAAAAAGAGGAAACGGAAAGAAAAUUAGGUGAAAAAAACAAGCAAAAAGCCCGAGAAAUUAUUCGGGAUGAGGUAAAUGGCGUUUUAGAAGAAAACGGAAUAAAAUCAGAGGAUUUAAGCACGGAGGUCAAACAAAAAUACGACGAAUUGAAUAAUAAUAUCGAAACGAGCCAAGCCCAAACCAUACGAACCGAGAUUUUUAAUGAUAUGGGAAAAAAGGCUCUCGAAAAAUUAAUCGCUGCUCUCGAACAAGCGAUUAAAAACAAAAAUAAAAAUGAGUUUGAAAGCCAAAGGAAAAAAUUACAAGAGUUUAUGAAUAGUCAAGUUGAUUACAAAAAAUCGGCUUAUGAAAAGAAAAGAGAUGAAGUUCAGCGAUUAUUAGACCAAGCCAAAAAUCAUUCUAAUCAAGAAAAUAGUAAAGAUGACGGAUUUUUCCGUCUGAAUAAUCCGCUAAUGUGGGUUUCAGGAGUGGCAGCAGUGGGGAUAGUGGCAGGAGCAGUAUUAAUAGUUCGUUCACGAAAGAGAAAAGCAGCAAGAAAUAUUACUAUAAGUAAAAGAGAAAUUAAGCAACCACUAAUUACUUUUCGUGUCAAAACCAAACAAGAAGAACCAAAAAUAAUUAAUUUAGCGGUUCAUUUAGAAAAAUUGACGGCUCAGUUAAGCGAUGGACGAGAAUUGAGUAUUCCUAUUGAUUGGUUUGCUAAGUGGGGA